CUCAUGACUGACUCAACAGUCCAGUCUUUGAAUAUACAGGCUUGGUAAUCUUGCUAUCCUAGCAGCAUGCUGAACUACGGGAGUAAUUGAUUUGUUUCAUUUCCUUCAUUCGAUGUAACGAGUGUAUUCGGAUGGGUUGAGCCGUGCCUGGUCAAAGCGCAGAGUUGUCCAUGCGUAGGUAGGCCAGAAGCGACGGUACAAAUGAAAUCAACAAUCGUGAGGACAGUUUUCUAUCACUUAUCUCACAAAAGCUCCGCCAGACUUCAAGAUGCAUCGCUACUCGCUUCAAAAGGUAGGUGAGCAGUACGUAUACACUCGCAUUUUCGAAGAGUGGGAAGACUCGGACUAUGAGGAUGGGGGCGAUGAUGAAGAACUUGUCAUCAACCAAGAAAUCGCUCAAUUGAUUGCCUGGAUUGACGAAUUUGAGGAUUCUAUGCCCACUAUGGAGGAAGUUCAAGCGAGAUACCAUGAACUGUUCGGCAAGCACAUCGCAGACAACAGUUCUCACAGAGAGGAUAUCGAGCGUUUCUGGUUACACAGACUAUUGAAUGGCACAGCGAAGAGAGAUGGUGUUCUCAGGCUUCCAGGAUAUGGUCUCCCCUUGAGUUUCGGGAUAGACAACAACAAACGCCAGCCUUUCCUCCUUGGCUUGCAUGCGGAAGAUUGGAAAUCGCGAACACUCAUGAAUCGCGAAGUGUGCAUGCUCAAGUUGGAAGAGGAGAUCACAAACAAGGCGCAUUGGUGGGAGAAAGUCUUGAAUACUGAUAUUGUCUCCAAAUGGAAGCAAGAAGCGCUACAAAUGCCAUGGGCCAGCUAUCAGCACAAUGGUGAUUUUACGAGCAAAAUGGCAGACGUGUGUUUCAAGGAUCUUGCGGUCAAGGCUAAGAUUUACGAACAAACGAAGCUAAUUCCCGUGAUGGAAUCUUCCUCUUGUGUCAUCAAGUCUGACGCGCUUCUUCCCAACGAGUUGACGCAGAGGCUCAGAGCUGCGGCUGCAUUGCUUGAAGACGUUCCCGGGUCCCAACGAGACUGGCAUCCAGGAAGCGACGAGAAGGUUCUGGACCUUGUUCAUCCCUCACUCUGGCCAUUGGUGUUUGGCCGAUCUCGAAUUAUUUCCGACAAACACAUAACGCUAGACAAGUGUCUUGAUCAUUGCGGCUCGGGAAAAGUCAUCCCUGAGCCCAAAACGCCGCAUCUCAGAAUGCCAGAUAGCCUUCGAUCUUUCACCGAAGAUAACGAUAAGAGAGCUCUAUCACUACGAUACCAAUGGCUUCCAUGCGAUGUUGACCUGGCAGGUGGUCGACCACGAAUCAAGAGCUACAUCAACAAUCUUCACCCUGUCCGAUACAAAGCCAUAUAUUCUCUCAUCGAGGAGCUUAUUGCGAGAUCUCUUCCCGCUUGGGAUAUCGUCUGUCGCUCGGCUCGCAAGGAGUUCAGGUUCAAGAGAUUCGGAACCGUUCACGAAAUCAAAUGGACGUGUAACGUGCCCGAGAUCUGUGCGAAGAUGCAUGGCUGCUAUCAGAGUAAUAGGCCGCUCGCAGACGGCGAGGAUUAUGACAGUGGUUCGGAAACUAGUUCUGUCUUUGAAGAGGGCAAGCGGUUGAACUGGAAAUGGUGGUCGGAAACUCACAAGAUUAACUGCCCAGAACCCUUGGAGGAUGCAAGAUACCCCCUCGAUGCAUCCCACUUCCAAAGUGAAGAAUUCUUCAAUAAGGUCUCACAGAUCCAAGUCAUUGUUAAGAUGGCAAACAUACAUCUGACUCCCGAGAAACCCACGUAUGAUGGUGGCUCGUGGCACGUUGAAGGGCAACUCAACGAACAUAUCUGCGCCACGGCGCUGUUCUACUAUGACAGCGAUAAUAUCACCGAGUCUCGUCUUUCCUUCCGUACUCAGGCGGAUAGGGAUAACCUUAGAGAUAGGCUCAGUUACUCUCAGGGAGACCACGAUGGUAUUGAAGCGAUCUUUGCUAUUAAAGCUAAAGGGGAUAAGAUGCAGAAUCUCGGGAGUGUCGUGACACGAGAAGGCCGAGCCUUGUUUUUCCCUAAUAUCUAUCAACAUCGAGUUGAACCUUUUGAGUUGGCUGACCAGACUCGUCCUGGGUAUCGCAAGAUUGUCGCUCUGUUUCUUGUUGACCCAAUCGUCCCGAUUAUCUCGACAGGCAAUGUGCCCCCACAGCAAAAGCAUUGGUGGAAGGAUAAGCUCAGGGAGGCAGAACCGCUCAAUAGCCUUCCUAGUGAAAUCAGGGAUGCAAUAACUCAAAAGGUGGACUAUCCAUAUGGAAUAGAUGAAGCAAGACGGAUUAGAGAAGAUUUGGUAUCAGAGCGAAAGGUUGUAAACAGCGACAGCCUCAGACGACAGGCUCAGAGUUGGAACUUCUGCGAACACUAACAAAACUAAAAGAUAAAUCAGGAUUGCUCAUCCUUAUUUUAUGCUACAUCUCGACUAAAUCCA